GUGUGCCCACCGCACCUUCCUCGCCGCACUUUACGUCACCAACGACCAUCGACUCAACCACCUGGCACACCACUCCUUCAUGGCGAGACGAAUCGUCAAGGUCAUGUUUGGCGGGCAGGCAGCAAGCUUGCUUGUGGUUCUGUCCUCAUCACAGCUGUGCUCCGCAUUAGCGGAUACAGUCCGAACGCGUCUCCCUACGAUUGCCUCGAAGCUGGGCUUAGCAACAACGGAUGGCCUUCACAUCAGCCUUCACCUGGAAAGCGAGACUGGUCCCAUGCUUGACCCUGAAGAUCUUCUCUGUGACGUUCUGCUCGAUACUAAAGAGACAAUAUGUGCAGUCAUUGUUCAAGCUCAGGUAAACUCUGGCGUUUCCAGGACGCAGCCUCAGCCGCACAUUGGGUCCGACGACCAGCUUCGCCUCCGUGUCGUAACGCCAGAGCUGGCUCAUGAACAUCACAAUGUCGACACUAUUGUGCCCACAGCCCAGAUAUUACCACUCUCCACUACGCUUCUGGGGCUACGUGCUGCCGUCUGCCAACAUCUGAAUGUUCCUACGGGAGACGAGGCACUCCAAGAACUCGACUGCAACUGUAGUGCUGCACAGCAAAUAGACUCCAAUGCAGCACUGAACGAGUGUAGCGCUGAGAACUCGGACGCACUCCACACUCUUGUGGUUGUCUACGAGGAUAACAAAGUCACUGUCGUUCCGAUAGAAGAGCCUACAUUGGCCUCCAUUCAACGUGCGGCUCGAGUGCAACUGCAAGACAAGGCCACAGGCAAGCUCCUUUGUGCGCUUGGAGGCGUAGCUGCUCGCAACGCGCAGGCUGGAGAUAGUGGGCGAUAUCUUAAGCUUCCUGUGCUAGCUGUAUGCUCUCACCAGUCGCACCGUCACCAUGAGGAAGAUGAUGGUGCAGAAUCUGUCGCUGCGAUGGACAACCGUGGCCUAACUCUCGAUCUCCACAUCUCCGAGUGCCCUAUUGACAUCACAAUUCACAACAAAGAUGUCACGAUCGAGGCAGCAGGUCUCCAUGACUGCGCAGUUGAUGGCGUCCUUACUAUCUUUGCCGUUCAGCGUGUGUUUCCUACAAACAACAACCACAAAUCAGGAAGCGCAAAAAUUGGUAAGGCUGCAAUCUUCCAGAGGCAGCAUGCUUGGGAACACCCUCUGGGUCAGUCCGAGCGCGGUCUAGCCAACCUGCUAUCAACACUGCGCAAAUUUACAGACAUCACUUCUGGUAGUAACAUGAAGGAACCUCAACAAGAUGCAGUCUUACGCAUUCUUCAUCUCAUGACUCGAUUCCCACCAGCUGUACGAACAGCAUACGUGCUCAUGCGCGGAGAGACCCCACAACCUUCCGAAUGCGCUGCGUUAUCUCAGUGUCUUUACGAGAUUCUGAAGGAUGUCGUCCCUCUUGCUACCGUCCACAACAACCCUCAGCGCCUCUUCGAAGGUUCUCGUCUGCUAUUCGGGCUGAUACUAGGCAGAGCUAAGACGUUGCGAGUAUCUUCUUCCAGCAGUGAGAAUAGUCUUCCGUACACGAGCAUGCAGGUACACGAUCUCCGUAGUGCAGUCACUAUGCGGCCUGUUCGGGGACCGGCAGUGCAGUCAAAGAUUGGCCUGAUCGACGUGGGGCUUUAUGAUGCCUUUGCUGAAAACGGUGUCAUCACUUGGAUCAACGAUAACAACACUGGGAUGGCCACCUCGGUUGAUCAGAAGCUGGCUAGGGUUGUGACGCUUGCAGGUGGCAUGAAGACUAAAGUUGUAACUUUCAACCCUGACACUGUCGCCCUCACCACGCGCUACCUUGAGAAAGGCAUCAAUACCGUCGUUGCGCAAACAGAGAUUUCGAACCUUCAAUAUCUCGCUUCAAUGUGCAGCAACAACCAUUUAAGCGUCAUUCCUCCCGCAGACCUCCCAUCUGCUUCUCCGCCAGUGCUCACUUUGGACCGACAAGGUUUUCUAUCCGUUUACGUCGGUCGCGAAGGGUGCGGUCAACCCGGCAGGGACAUUCUUAUGUUCAGGCCAUUAACCGGAGAAGAGGCAAUCGAUGUGUCCGUCAUCACACAAUUGCUGGUGCCUGUUCUCGCACAUCGCAAUGUCGAUGGUACAGCCGUGUUCGAGGCGUACGGAAGCCACGACCGCUAUACCAAGGAUCCAGAAGAAGCGGUCGUAGUGUGCGUCGAUCUAUCUAGCAGUAUGGGCUCUCGAUGUGGGUUUGUUGACAUUGAGGAGAGCGAAGACGCUGAUGCGUCAGUCAAUCGCGCUAUUCAUACCGCCACACCAGCUACCACAAGUUUGCAAGUAGAGCACCCGGGCAGCGAGCGUUUGGCGCUAGAUGAGCUAAAAGAGUAUAUUCUUGCCCAUGACUCCUUCGAGGAUAUGCUGGUCAUCGUGCGUGCAGGCACCGAAUACAGCCAUCGCCGGCAGAACGCAAGUCAGGUGCUAAAGAUUCUGGGUCAACUUCACCAGCAGCAAAUCACAGAGAACACCAAAGAACUUGAGGUUCUCAGACGAAGGGCUACUCACUCGUACAAUCGUGCGUUGGCGGCGUCGUCUGAGCGUGAUUUGUUCACACUCUCAAAUCGUCUUCUUAGGAUGGAGCGGUUUGCCGACCCUCUAUGCGCUUUUCUUACAUACCGAGCUGAAAAUGCGGGCUCUCUCCCUGGACUGGAGGUAUGGCGACCCGGAGCAUCUGCACCGGUAGCCACCCCACAGCAGUCGAAUGCUCACAAUGGUCCCUUUUUUGAGCUGCCCACGGAAUUGAUCUGUCCCAUCAGUAAUGAGCUCAUGGAAGAUCCCGUCAUGACUGUCGAUGGCUUCACAUAUGAACGGAAAAACAUCGAGCGAUGGCUCCACACCAAGAGGACUUCGCCGCUUACGAACAUUGAAUUGUCCAGCACCGACCUCCGUUCUGACGCGCGAUCUAGGCAGGAAGUUGAUGCUUACUUGAAGGGCAAAGACAUAUUUGUGGCAAAACCUGCCGCAAACAUGCAGACUGUCUCAAUCAAGUCACCACUUGGCUCAUAUACAAUGGAGCUUCCACACUCGCUAACGCUGAUUGACUUGUACGCUCUGGCGUUUCGCCUUACAAAGGGCCGGUACCCCAGGUUUGAACUACAUCACAGGAAUGCUUCCUUGCCAUUUGCCCCUCGGUCACUUGAGACGAGUGUCGCUCCUGCCACUGAUGUUUUCGUUGCUCCAUUAGAGACUACAACUCUACCUUCAUUUGACACGCCAGGCGAUAUGUACCUGGUCAAGGUGUACAGCUGGAACAACCGCUCGACGCCAGUGUGCUCGUAUUGGGAGCCUAGGAGUGCAACAAAGACUUUGGAAUCCGUUGUGUUUCGAUACUACCGGCACAUGUUCUCCAAGAAUGCCUAUGCAUUAGUCGAACAUCCAUUCACAAUAUGGCACGGCAUGCGCGAUGUGGGCGACGGUUACUGCACCGCUUCCUGCAUAGCACACUGGAAAGCAGUCUCUGAGCUCUUGAACCUUUCGAAUGCAACUGGAUCUGUGAACGCGGAAUCGGCGUAUGACAACUCUGAUUCACCUACAGAUCUUCGUACGUACUCCACGACGGGUCCACUGGUACUGAAGUUGGCACUUGGCCCUUCGCCUGCACCUCCAGCUGGUCAGCGCAAGACACUCAGUCGACUGGAAGUUCUGAAACAAAUGUUUGACGCUUUUAUCAAUCGACUGCUGGCCUACAAUUUUCGGACUCAUGUCGGUCUCGUUACAUUCAGCUCCACUGUAUCCGUGUCGCAGGACAUUACACAUGCCAUCGAGGAUUUUCGUCACCAGUUGAAUAACAUGAUCCCAAGAGGUGAUACUGCUAUCUGGGAUAGUGUUGCGUUGGCGAUGGAUCGGCUGCAGCAGUAUGCUUUGAAGUAUCCUAAGGCAAGACUACGUAUCAUCUGCAUCUCAGAUGGCGAGGACAACAAGUCCAGUCGACUUGUUCAUGAUCUUGCAUCACAACUUGUUAGCCGCAACAUCGUCGUAGAUUCUUUCUGCUUAGGUAACGAAAACAACACUGAUCUUCAGACCCUGUCAUAUGUGACUGGGGGUUACAAGUUUGAGCCAAGUAGCCUGGAGGAAGCAAUGGCGAUUUGCGAAAUGGAGCCUGUCCUCUCUUUGGCCGAUCGACCUGUCGCAGUGCUGCCACGCAUCUCUUCACGCCACGCGGGCAACGCGCUCUAUCGCUUCCAAAAAGCCAAGCAGUCGAUUUCUGUGGAUCAUGCUACACGUGAUGAGUUCCCGCAGCGCAAGGUACACCCUCAGCUUGCAGGCUCGUUUGUCGAACUGAAAAGUUUUGCGCGACAUGCUCCGCAAGCACGGUCAGACGGUAAUUUACGACUGAGUCGCAUUCAUUCCGAGAUACGUACUUGCGGAGCCCUCGUACACCCGCAUUACGACAUCUACAUUUGCGAGGAGAACUUCGGUUUCUGGAAGAUUGCUAUGCAAGGCCCGCCGGAGAGCACAUAUGCAGGUGGCACGUUUCUACUCUAUGUAGAGAUGGGCGCAGACUAUCCCUUAUCACCACCGCAGGCUCGCUUUGUAACGUCUGUGUACCACCCCAACAUCAACCGCCACGGCCGCAUUUGUCACUCGAUCCUUGACCGCAACUGGACCGUUGACACGACGACCAAGGAUGUCAUCGACACGAUCUACUCACUCCUGUUGGUGCCCGAGUUCAGUGAUCCCAUCAACAUUGUCGUUACCCUAAACUACCACUGGGACGAGGUUCAGUUCAAGGAGGAGGCCCAACGCGACAUCAGCAAGUAUGCCACUAAGACGAGGGCAGAGUGGCGCGCGGAAAUUACCGGAUAGAUGGCUACGGGAAGC